AUGCCAGACGAAGAAAAACAGACCCCCAGGAUUGACGAUGGACAAACCAUCUCGCCCCACAAUGGAGCAGCACCCCAGGACAGUCCCGUCGCGAACUUCACGCGUAAGCAAGAGGCCCGAGUCGUCAGGAAGCUGGACUGGAACCUCAUGACACUAUUCUUCGUUUUGUAUAUGCUCGCCUUCCUAGAUCGAGGCAACAUUGGCAAUGCAAGGAUUGCCGGCAUGGCCAAGGAGCUUGGCCUGGAUACGAACCGAUACAGCUGGCUACUCAACAUAUUCUACAUCACAUAUGUUGUUGCUGAAUUCACCGUUUUGCUGUGGAAGGUCUUUCCUCCUCAUAUCGUCGGGAGCAUUGUUGUGUUUAGUUGGGGCUUGAUUGCUGCGGUGCAGGCCGGGGUACAAAGCUGGAGCGGCGAGAUGGCUCUACGGUUUCUUUUGGGUAUCUUUGAGGCUGCCUACGGACCGGGCAUAAUUUACCUGUUAUCCUUCUUCUAUCUCCGGCAUGAGAUUGGUUUCCGGUGCGGCAUCUUUGCCUCUGCGGCACCAUUGGCGUCAACCUUCGCCGGUGCUCUCGCCUACGGCAUUACCAGCGGUCAUUCCCGCCUCGCCAACUGGCGCCUACUGUUCCUCGUCGAAGGACUGCCGACCGUGCUCAUGGCAGUUGUUGCCUUCUUCUUCAUCCCGGACUCUCCCGAAAAGGCCAAGUUUCUUUCCGCCGAGGAGAAGGCCAUCGUCAGAUCCAGGGCCGUGCGCCAGGUUGGCACUGCCGCAGAUGCCAGGAUUGGGAGCGUCAGACUCAAGGACAUCGGCGCUAUCUUCAUUGACCCAAAGGCUUGGAUGUGCGCGCUCAUGUACUUCUGUGGCAACGUCAGCUACUCCAGCUUGCCCGUCUUCCUACCCACCAUUCUCGAGGAUAUGAACUAUACCGCCAUCGACGCCCAGGGCUUGUCCGCACCUCCCUCCUUCGCCGCCUUCCUAUGCGCCUUGAUCACGACUUGGGUUGCCGACAGGACCCAGCAACGAUGCCUUGUGCUCUUCGUUACAUGCUCGGUCGGCGGCGUGGGAUAUUUGAUCCUUGCCGCUGUCGAGACGGUUGGAGUCCGCUAUUUCGCUACUUUCUUGGCUUCAGCUGGUGUAUUUUCCACCAUUCCCAACAUCCUGGCUCUGACCCUUAACAACCAGGGCAGCGAUACGCGACGCGGCAUGUCCAUAGCACUCAUCAACCUCGUUGGCCAAUGCGGCCCGUUUCUGGGCACGAAUGUCUUCCCGCUGGAAGAGCGGCCUAGAUAUGUCAAGGGAAUGAGCAUCUGCGCUUCGUUUAUGUUCUUCUCGGCUCUUAUUGCCAUCGCUCAACGCGGGUUGCUCAUGUGGCAGAACUCCAGGCUUGACCGCAAGUACGGUCCGGUCAAGAGAGAGGGGCUCAACGAGUCAGAUGGCGUGGGUGUGGAGAACUACGGGCCAAGCUUCAGAUAUGUUCUUUGA